UAUUUCUAACCGGAAGUUCCUGUUGUUUCUAGGCGCUCUAUAUCAGUGCCUCUAUGGCUGAACUGAACCAUUGUUUUCAUUCGAGACAGCUAUCCUUCUCCUUGACAUCGAAAUCUCGCGAGGCUAGCGCUAAGUCCCGCGUCUUUGACUAUUUCCGCCCGUGAGCAAGAUGGCAUCCUUGUUCAGGCAUGCGUGGGCUCCUGUGCUCUUGACGCCGUGUCGGAUUAGCGCUGUGAGCCGCCGCGGCAUUCGCGGUCUAAGGAGGAAACCUCUCCGCGUGCUUCCUUCGGUCGCGGAGGCGCAGGAGAAGCAACGGAUCGUCCCCAGCAAAGUUAAGGCCACUCACAUCCCAAAAGCGACUCCAAAGGAGCGCCAACCGGAACCGGAACCCGAAGAGGCGGAGCUGCGUUACGAGCGGGCCGGACCCACUGAGAAAAGACUGCGGAAUUUGGUGACCCUUGCUAAGUCCAGGGCAUUUCGUGAGAAGAAUGGGAGAAUUCUGCUGGAAGGCCGGAGGCUCAUUUCGGACGCUCUGGAGGCAGGAGCUGUUCCGCAGACGAUCUUCUUUAGCCUAAUGGAGAAUCUGAAGCUGCUGCCGGCGGCCAAACUCAAACGGGCCACCCUGGUCAAAGUGAAAUACAACGAGAUCAAGAUGUGGUCAGAUGUCAUCACACCACAGGGGUUGAUCGGCAUUUUCGCCAUGCCCCAUCACGCCAAAAUGACCUACCCCGAAAUCCCGCAGGAACACACCCUGCCCCUCACCCUCAUCUGCGACAACAUUCGGGACCCUGGAAAUCUGGGCACCAUCCUGAGAUCGGCGGCAGGAGCCGGCUGCUGCAGUGUGUUGCUUGUCAAAGGCUGCAUUGACGCCUGGGAGCCCAAAGUCCUCCGGGCAGGGAUGGGAGCCCAUUUCCGGAUCCCCAUCGUUUCCAACCUGGAGUGGGACCUCGUGCCCAAUUACCUGCCCACCGAAAGCUGCAUCCACGUGGCCGAGAGCUGCCGCGAGAGACCCCCAGAAGAGGCCGAACGGGCUUCGCCAGCCCAGGCUGGUUGCCGGACCCCCAAAUCCUCGAACCGGACGUCCCAGCUGGCCCCAUCAAAGGGGAGCCAGGAGGAGGAGGAGGAGGAGGAAGAACCAAACUGGCUGGAAGUCCAGCCUUACUACAAUCCGUGGAUGGAUGCCUCCGUCGCCGUCGUGGUCGGCGGGGAGACCCACGGGGUGAGCCCCGAAGCCAAGCAGCUGGCGCAGAGGAGCGGUGGGAAGCAGCUGGCCAUCCCCGUGGUCCCCGGCGUGGAGAGUUUGAAUUCUGCCAUGGCUGCCAGCGUCCUCCUUUUCGAGGCCAAGAGACAGCUGCUGGUCAAGGAAGGCGGCGCUUCCAGGUUCCAGUUAAAACAAUGAGGACUAGAAUCCCGAAACUUGACUUUUGUUUCGAGGGUCUCCGAGUGGUCUCCAUUUCAGCCUCUGCAGCUUUCGGGGUCAGAGAGGAGGCAAAGAAAAUCAAGAUGGCCACUGCAAUUAUGGUCAUGAAAACUCCGCCCCCUCCUUUAUGCGUGCGAGGGUUUGAUCACGCAAAGCUGGGGAUGGCCCAUUUGACUUUUUGAGACAUGCACAUACACACACAAAAUCACACACGCAGGUACAGAUCUCUCACACACACAAAUCACACACAGUUACAGAUCUGUCACACACAGAGAUCACACAUACAUGCACGUACAGAUCUCUCACACACCCACAAUCACACACAGAUGUACAGAUCUCACACACACAAUCCCACACACAUGUACAGAUCUCUCUCACACACACACACACAAUCACAUAGUUACAGAUCUCUGUCGCACAGAGAGAUCACACACACGUGUACAGAUCUCACACACACAAUCACACACACAUGUACAGAUCUCACACACACAAUCACACACAUGUACAGAUCUCUCUCACACACACACAUGUACAGAUCUCUCUCUCACACACACACACAAUCACACAGUUACAGAUCUCUGUCGCACAGAGAUCACACACACAUGUACAGAUCUCUCUCUCACACACAAUCACACUCAUGUACAGAUCACACACAUGCAAUCACACAUACAUGUACAGAUCUCCCAUACAAUCACACACAUGUACAGAUCUCACACACAAUCACACACACAUGUACAGAUCUCACACACACAAUCACACACAGUUACAGAUCUCUAUCACAGAGAUCACACACACCCAUGUACAGAUCUCUCUCACACACACACAAUCACACACAGUUACAGAUCUCUGUCACACAGAUCACACACACACGUACAGAUCUCACACACACACAAUCACACACGUACAGAUCUCACACACACACAAUCACACACGUACAGAUCUUUCACACACACACUCACACACACACGUACAGAUCUCACCACACACAAUCACACACACACACGUACAGAUCUCACCACACACAAUCACACACACACACGUACAGAUCUCUCUCUCUCCCUCUCUCUCUCUCUCUCACACACACACACACACACACGUACAGAUCUCACCACACAAUCACACACACACACGUACAGAUCUCUCUCUCUCCCUCUCUCUCUCUCUCUCACACACACACACACACACACACACGUACAGAUCUCACCACACACAAUCACACACACACACGUACAGAUCUCUCUCUCUCCCUCUCUCUCUCUCUCUCACACACACACACACACACACGUACAGAUCUCACCACACAAUCACACACACACACGUACAGAUCUCUCUCUCUCCCUCUCUCUCUCUCUCUCACACACACACACACACACGUACAGAUCUCUCCCUCUCUCUCUGACACACACACACACACAGACACACAUACACACAAGUCUCCUUCCCCUCUGACUAAACGGGACAGGGUUGGCAGCCCAGCGAAGGGAGAGUUGUUGGUGGAGGAUGUUUGCAAAAGGGACUGCGCUGUUGUGGGUCAGGAUUGGCACACUUCCUUGCCAAAUUCAAGAAGAGAUCGGAUGAGGUUUCCUCAUGCAGCUAGCCCUCAAUGACCGUCGUUGGGUCGCCAUUUUGGUUCUAAGUCCCCCCUGGGCGUUGUGCAUCCAUUGAGCUGACGGAAGCUUUUGAGUUUUCAAUCAAACGUUUUGAGUCGGAUUCUUCCUAUUUUUGGGGGGGGGGCAUCGACCAACACCGCUGGCCUCCGACGAUGUAAUAAAACACUCGUGGCCACCUGC